GGGCUCUGAAUUGAUAUUUAAUAGAGCAACUAAAGUUUGGUUGUAUCCAGAAAUUAUAUAUAAUCUUUAUAUCAAAUUGUUUGACUAUGAAAAAUAUUAUACAAAUGUACAAACCUUACCAAAGAAAGUAUGUGUAUGGUAAAAAUAAAAAUAGAUAAAAUGCUUUUUAACUUUAAUUUUAAUUUUUCAGAUAAUCGAGAAAAAGAAAAAUGAAUUUGCACAAAAAUUUAAAAAUAAAUUCAAUACAGACACAGAUGUAAAGGAGAGCGAAAGUAAGUGAUUGUUUUAAUAAAAUACGACCGGAUAGUUUUUUAUUAACCAAACUGUAGGUGGUUAAUGUGUUAAUUGAGUUAAUCCAAAAAAAUUGAUAAAUUUAAAUUCUGUAAUUGUACAAGUAAUUGUAACUAAAAGUGGUUUUUUUUUUUUAUAAUUAUUUAGAGAAAUGUUUUAAAGGAUUAGUAGAAACUUUAAUGGACUCAGACGAAGCCGGAUCGGGAUUGAACGAUGAGGAUAUCAAGAAUCAUGUGAUAACUAUCGUAGCGGCU